AAGUCAUAGGACACCGUAUGACUAUCUCUUUUAUUUUAAUAUCUUAUGUAUACACGAUGGUGGUCCACUUCACGGCAGCGUUGUUCACAGCUUAUAUAGUCUACACGGCCAAGCCAUGGGCAGUUUCAGCUCUGUUUCCAUGGCAUCCAGUUCUGAUGACAGUUUCUUUUGCCCUGCUUAUGUUUGAAGCAAUAACUGUCUUCUCGGCUCACAGCUCAUUUAUACCACUGGCCAGCCGUCCAUAUAAGGCCAAAGUUCACUGGAUUCUCCAGACGCUAGCAGCUGCCUUUGGAGGGGCAGGUUUUGCUGUGAUCUUUGUCAGCAAGAACCUCAAUCAUAAGCAACACUUUGUAACCUGGCAUGGAAUCUUUGGCCUCAUUACAAUCAUAUAUGUUGCAGUGCAAUGUCUUGCUGGUACUGUUGUCAUGAAUCCUGCAUGGAUUCAGAGCAUUAAGCUGGCACAGUUAAAGCUUUACCAUGCUACCUCAGGAUUAUGCCUUUACACCCUUGCCUGUACAACUCUCGUCCUUGGACUGUAUUCCAACUGGUUUAUGCGUAAUGUCAGAGGAACCUCUUGGUAUGCUUGUAUGGGAGUUGUUGCAAUAUUAAUUUUAGCAGUUAUGAAUCAAAUUGUAACUGCAUACCAAACCAAACAGCAAAUUACCAAGCAAAAUGCUACAAAAUCUUGGAAAAAGUGAACAAAUGUACUUUUCAUUUGUUGCUGGAUGUAGUUAACUAUUCCUUUAUUGUUUGUAAAUUCCAUUUUCAAUAUUUUAAAUAUUAAAUCUAUGAUAUUCAUUGUAGAAGACUGGUGGAUCUCAUCAUACAUGAAUUAAUUUUGAGUCCAAUACAUGACAUAAAUGAAUUACUAUGUCCACGUUGUUGGAGUUGUAAAAGAUUAAACAUAAUCAAGAAUUUACUAAAUGACCAUAAAUUUCGUCCAUGACCAGUUUGCCCAUUUUUCCUGAUUCUGAGAAUUCGUUUGAUUUUAGAAAGGUGUUUUGAGGUUUGGUUGGAACGUUGGAUGAUGUUCUACUGGAAAAUUAUAAGUUUCAGCAGUGAAAAUAAUACUUUGAUGACAUAUGUUUGUCAUAUAUACAAAAAUGCACUUUUGUGGGUGAAAUUUAUGGUCAUUUGUUUGCUAAUUUACAAGACACAUUCAUGGUGUAUUUUGUGAAGUGUUAUGACCAUAAUGUAUGUAUAGGCUCCUCAGCUGUAAUUGGGAAGGAAAAUAAAUUUUUCUUCAUGGCCUCAUGGUGGAGGUCUAAAUACCACACAUUGUGGUCUAUUCUUGUGCUUGGCUCAUGGAUCAAGAAACAUUGACAGAAUAUUCUAGCCAGCCAUAGAGAUUUUUAUAAGAAUAACAACUACUGUAUGAUCAAACAGGUGUAAAACACACAUUAAACAUGGCUUCAAGAACAAUAAUAUGCAAUACUUUUUACUGUUUUGGAAAUUUGUUUUUUAUUCUUAUGUUGAACAAAUUUACAGUGUUUUAUGUGCACCAUUCAUAUUAGAAAAGAUGUGAGCUUUACAGUAUCAGAACAAAUUGUGUGUUAGCAGUUUUCUUUUUGCCAUUGUCUUAUAUGUAUGUUGAAUUCUUAAACCAAACAAUUCCUUUGUGCUAAACUUAAUAUUUUAAGAAUAUCCCUGAAUUCAAGGUAUCGGUAAAUCAAAAAUAUACCAAUACAUGUUUUGUAAUAAAAUGACACUUGUAGCCUUAGUGAUAUGAACUACAGUUGUGUUACUACUAGUUCGUACAAAAUGGAAUUUUGUUUCACUUUUAUCAGCAUGUGUAUUUUAAUUGAUCUCUAUGCAUGUGAAACUUUUAUGUUGAUAUCUCUGAUACAAAGAUGAAGACGAAUGUAAAGUUUUCAUGCUAGCUAACUAGCUGUUAAGUUUAUGUAUGAGUAAGAGACGGCUCGGUUGUAUAGCUAUUAAAUGCAUGUACUAUAAAUAUUUCCACAGUACUGAAAGUGUUUUUGAAUUUUGUUCCCAUUCGGUGUAAAUGUAAAAUGAUGGCAGUAUUCUUACUUUGCACGCUUAAAAUUGUUUUGAGAUGAGAGCUUCUGACUAGUCACCAUUUAUGUGGAAAUGUAUGACAAACAUUAUCUUGUGAAAUAUAUCAAUGAAAUGCACAAGGGUUUUGAUGAACGGAAUGUUCAUGUACUGGUAUAUGUUUAUUCACUAUACCAUUUUAUAUUAUACCUUUAGUUCUUGUCAUUUUAGGGUAUUGCAUUCUUACUUGUUUGAAUGGGCACUGUAUAACAAUAUCUCUCGCACUUCAUCCGUUAACAAGUGCUUAUGCCAGUGUGUGUAUUGUAGCCCCAUACUCACAUGCAAGCAAUCUAUAGGACUCUGUCACAACAUGCACGAAGAGUAACUUUCAUGGCAACAUAUACUGAAGAAAUUCAUCAACAUGAUAAAUAUGCUAGGAGUAGCAUUGUAUUUGUAAUUGCUAUGGGACAUGGACCCUAGUGUAUAUUAUGCAGUGGACAUAACAUGUACAUACAAUCUAUUGCAACUGUGGGCAUAAAGUAUUUUUACCACAUGUUACUUCUUAAAGUAAAAAAAGACUUCAUAAUCAUUUUACAUAAUACCAAAGACUAUUGACUGUAAGUUUUUGAUUACAUGUGUAUUACAAAUCACAAUGUGUAAAAAUAUUUAGGAUCUUGUUUGUGUUACUAGUUUGCCAGUGGGGCCAUUCAUGCAUAAAUUGCAUAAACUAAUCUUUGCCAUUU